AAUCAGAGCGCGCCGCACAAGGGUGGGGGCCAGCGGCGCACGAGGCCGGCGGCGGGGUCGGUGCCGUUGACGUUGAGGGUUCCCGCCACUGCUACUGGCGGAUUUGCGGGGCAAAAUUUCUCGCUGGCUCGCCUUCUUUUCCCUCCCGCACUUUGGUGGGGAGGGGGUGGAUCCUCGUGUCGGUCCCCAAGUUCACGAUGACCCGAGAGAACUCGAGGAAGUUGUCGCCGCGGCCAUUUCUCCCAGUGCCUCAACGUGCUGGCCUCGAAGGGGGAGGAGCGCCGAAGCCAUGACUGCGACGCAAACAUCAAAUCAGAUGCAAACAGAUUCAUUAUCUCCAUCCUCUAAUCCUGUGUCACCUGUGCCUUUGAAUAACCCAACAAGCGCCCCAAGAUAUGGAACAGUGAUCCCUAAUCGCAUCUUUGUAGGAGGAAUUGACUUUAAGACAAAUGAAAGUGAUUUAAGAAAAUUUUUUUCCCAGUAUGGGUCUGUGAAAGAAGUGAAGAUUGUAAAUGACAGAGCUGGAGUAUCCAAAGGGUAUGGUUUCAUCACAUUUGAAACACAAGAAGAUGCACAAAAAAUUUUACAAGAGGCUGAAAAACUUAAUUAUAAGGAUAAGAAGCUGAAUAUUGGUCCAGCAAUAAGAAAACAACAAGUAGGGAUCUCUCGUUCUAGUAUAAUGCCAGCAGCUGGAACAAUGUAUCUAACAACUUCAACUGGAUAUCCUUAUACUUAUCAUAAUGGUGUUGCUUAUUUUCAUACUCCAGAGGUAACUUCUGUCCCACCACCUUGGCCUUCACGUUCUAUAUCUAGCUCCCCUGUGAUGGUAGCUCAGCCCAUUUAUCAGCAACCUGCAUAUCACUACCAGGCCACUACACAGUAUUUACCAGGACAGUGGCAGUGGAGUGUUCCUCAGUCUCCUGCCUCUUCUGCUCCAUUCUUAUACUUACAACCUUCUGAGGUUAUUUAUCAACCAGUGGAAAUUGCACAGGACGGUGGAUGUGUUCCUCCUCCACUGUCUCUGAUGGAAACUUCAGUUCCAGAGUCUUAUUCUGAUCAUGGAGUUCAAGCAACAUAUCACCAGGUUUAUGCUCCAAGUGCCAUCACUAUACCUGCGCCUGUGAUGCAGCCUGAACCAAUUAAAACAGUGUGGAGCAUUCAUUAUUAAGACAAUUGGGCAGCUCUAGUCCAGCUCAACUGAUUUCUUGUCCAGUGAUCCGUGUGUGGCCGAGAUCCAGCUUCAACAGAACAGCUAGAAGCUGCCCGUUGUGAAACUUAGGGUUAGUUAAUACCUCACCAUACUCAGUUAUUCCAAUAUAAGCUGUCUAAAUUUGAUAAAAUUUGCUUUUUCAGCUGUUCUACAAAAUUAUUUAGGUAGAUGUGGCAUGUUGAUUUUUUAUGUGCUAAUCUAACUGUAAUGACCUUUUCUACAACAUGUUUUAUCCAUUCCAUAAAUAAUAACCACAUUGGGAAUAGUGAGGUGUCUUUUAUUUUCUCUGCUUUGGGUUAUUUUUCCUUACCAAACUAUUAGACGUUACGUUUCACAUUAUUUGAUAUUUAUUUUCAUAUUUAGGAUAAGAAUCACUUUUAAUUAUAAUACUUUUAAUACUUUCAUAUAUUUUACAACAGUAUACUAUUUUAAUCUUAAUGAUUUAAUUCUAUUUUUGCUUUGCCAUUUUGUCACUUAAUAUGCUUUUGUCUAAUUUUUCAUUCAUCUGUAACUGUUACUCCUUAAUUUUGCAUCUGCCAUGGUUUUCAGAAUCUGAAUGGUAUUUAUAUUUCUUUUUUAUAACAUUUUCCAAAUAUUAGAAAUACCAUCAACAUGAUCAAUAUUCUUGCCUUUUCAUGUAAUUUGACUAAAUUAAAUUUUUUCUCCAAUGUUUAAGACAAUAUUGAAAUCCUCCUAUAACAUAAUUUGGUAUCAAAUUUUAUAAAAUAUAGUUCCACCUUGGGAAUUUUGAUAAAAGAAGGGUUCACCUCUGACAUGAUCGCAUAACAUUGAUUGAAAUUCCACCAAAUUAAUGUUCUUUGAACACUUUAAUCCUUAAACCUUUUCUUCUUAUAUGCAACCAAUAUAUUCUAUUAUAUAUUUGAUUAAUUUUAAAGAGGACAGUUGUUUCCAUAAAAUGCAAAACUAUUUUUUACACCAAAAGAAAAUUUUAGAUUAUGAUUAUAAAGCCAGUUUUUACUAUAAAAUUGGAAAAUAGAUGAGAGGGGAAGUCAUUCAUUCUUCAAAAGGUACAGAACAAAUCCUAUGUAGUGGUUUUUAAUCUCUAAAAUUUCUACAGUAGUACAGGAAAUAUUCCUCUUUAUAUUCUUUUGCAGUUCUUUCACUGACUUGCUAAUUUUAGGUGGUGGGGGCAGGGGGAGCCAUAAAAGUUGGUAUUCCCCUAAUAAAUGUAUCUCUUUUAUCUCCUGUUUCAACCCCAAAUGUAUUCCAUGCUCAGCAGCAGCAGCAGAAAUAAUAGGAUAUAGAUCACAAAGCUUUUUCUGGUGAGUCAAAUAGGGUGUUUUCUUUUGAAACUGUAAUGAAUAUGUUUGCUAGUCAAAUUGUUUUAUGAGAACAGCAGAACCUUAUGAAUGUAUACCAGCAUACAAGGAUCUCAAGUACAUUAAUUAUUCUCAGUUUUAGGAAUGUAAAUAGAUUAAGUCCCACAAUGAAAUUUCAAAAGUUUUUGUUCUGUAAGGAAAAAAUUACUAACCACUGAUGUUUGAGAUUUUCUUUUAAUAGCACUAUCCUUGAGAACCAAAAAUUUAUGUUUUUAUUUUCAAAUGUUAAACAAGAUGCUAAACAAAUCCUGGACCGCUAAUAAAAAUUAAUGAUGUAUUAUUGGAUAA